AUUCAACUUAUCCAAAAAUUUGAAAAAAGAUAUUCUAAUUUUCGAUACAUUAGUAACUAUGCCCUAAUCAUCCUUAUUAUUACUCAUUAUCAUAGAAUUAUAUCCAAGUAAACUUUACCUUAGUGAUUAAACCAUUCAAACUAUUAGAAAUGAUAAGAAAUCAUAAUACAGUUAUUAUAUUACUAUCAUUAGUAGUAAUUUAUUAUAUAUCAAUAAUCAAUAUUCAAUCAAUUAAUUGUACUACAAUUAAUGAUUUAUUAAUUUAUCCUAAACAACAUAAAAAAUUAUUUAAAAUUAUACAUUAUUUAAUAAGACAAUGUGUACCAUAUUGUUUAAAUUAUGGUAAAUUAGAAAAACCUGAUAUGCCAUGGAAAAAAUGUUAUUGUAUAUGUCCUGAUAAUUAUUAUGGAAUUGCAUGUGAAUUUAUAAAAAAUAAUAAAGAAAUCAAUAUGGAUACUACUACUACUACUACUAAUAAUAAUAAUAAUAAUAAUGAUCAGUUGCUAAGUAAUAUGAAUAAUUUUAAAUCGAAUUCAUUACCUUAUUCAUAUCGUCGUGCUGCAUCGUCGUCAUCCUCAGCAGCAGCAGCAGCAGCAUCUUUUAUCGCUCAUAAUAAUGAUCAAGAUGGAAAUGAUAAUGAUCAACAAAUGAUUUUUGUAAAAUAAUUUAUGUCAUUCUACAGUUUUUGUUGUUGUUUUGAUUGACCUUCAAAAAUAUAAUUUUCAAUAUUAAAAAAAUGAAAAAAUGAAAAAAUAUAUUGAUCGAUGAAAUGCAAUCAUUACAAAAAAAAUUUUUAAAAAUGUAUUUUUUUUUUUUAAAA